AGAAGAAGAAGAAAAAGAAGAAGAAGUGUUCAUGCAAUGCAUUGUUCAGAGUAGCGGUUUGAACCUAGUCAGUUAUUCUGCUGAGUUGUUUAUGAUCUCGUCACGUAUUUCCGACCCGAACUUUGACCAUGCAACCAAACCAACUAUAGAGCAGAAAGUCGUAAAGGUUCAGGUCGAGGUUGAGUCUUUCUUGGUAAAGUUUAACCUUUGGGCAAGUUUGUAGUUUUUCUUCAGAGCUCAGUUGGACUGUUCGUGGACAAGACAAAGUUUCUCCAAGUUCCCUGACUGACUUCCUUCUGGUCAUGCAGCUGGUGAUCCGUCGGUACCGUCCCUCAGACAGGGACACAGUGCUCACUCUGUUCAGCAAUGCUAUUUUGGAGCACAUCUACCCGUGUUUUCAAAACAGCAUGACCAGGCCUCACCUCCUCGCCUUCACCCUGGCUCUGUGCGCUGCUGGCUACCACCUGGGCUCUGUGUUCGGGGCUGUGUUGUUACCAGGACUCUGGAUGGGCCUUGUCUAUUAUAGCUGUAAUGAGAUAUAUGCCGGCUAUGUCAGUAUGAGGCUCAAGACGGACAUGCAGGACAUCCCUGGGAACUUCCUGAGCAGACCGGAUGACUGUUUCUGGGUGGCUGAGGCUGAGAUUGAUGGCAGGGACCAGAUUAUGGGUACGGUGGCUGUGGUAGCUAAACAAAGUGGGAAAGAAAAGUACGGGGAACUGCACAGAAUGAUCAUCUCACCAGAGUGCAGACGGGCUGGCCUGGGCUCCAGGAUGACUCGGACUGCGCUUGACUUCUGUAAGGAACGAGGCUUCUCCAAAGUGGCUCUGGAGACCAGCUCCAUCCAGACACCUGCUGUGGCCCUGUACAAGAAACUGGGGUUCUGCCAUGUCCGGUCGGACAUCAAGCCUGAGGCUCCCUCAUGGGUUUUAAUGCUGGCUAAUGUCUCGGUUUUACAAAUGGAAAAGCAACUGUAGAGCUAUGUGUAACAAAGUCUUUUUGAGAAUUGUUGUACCACUUGCACCGUGUGGAUGAACACCUGUUAAUUGGUUUCGAACAAGACACCCGUUUAACUUUACUGAAUCAAGAUGCACCAAUUGUUGAUUAUGUGCUUUGUAUUUUUUUUAUCAAAUACUGUGAUUUUAUAUCUUAAAUGAACCUUUGAUUAUGCCCCCCCCCCCCCCCCCCCCUAAAAAAGGCCAGAAAUAAACCCACUCCCAAGGACUUAACAGUUCUGCGUAUGAUCCCCUCCAGCCUACACACAAAUGCCCUGAUUGAAGCAUUUUAAAGACCCUGUGCAGCCACGUAAGUGUUUUAACUUAUGAACCAAAAUAAUGAAGGUGUAACUUCUUCCUUUUCAUAUCGCUCAUACUACUGAAAAGAAGUUUAAUCAAGAGAAACAAGAUCUAACCUGCGUGAGUCAGGGUUUUCACAGCUGAUUAACAUGUCUAUUGUUUUUUAUUCUUAAAUUUGUGAUUAAAAAGAAAGGAGGUUCUACUUUUGCUUACAUCUUUUACUUAAAUUCAAACUGUAAAUCCGAGCAGAAAGGUAAAUACAGACUCUUGAAGGCUACUUUACAGACAGGGCUGUUGAUUGGGGAGAGGCGGUGGCAGAAACUUGGACUAUGGGCAGAGAAGGUCUCUGGUUCGUCUCUGGUUCGACUCCACGGAGAGACAACAAAAGACGAACCUGGAUUGAUCUGUCCAAAAAUCCAAGAUUCUCCCCACCCUGUCUAGUGCCCCUGAGCAAGGCACCUUACUCCCCUAACAUCUGCUCCCUGAGCGCCGUACAUGGUCGCUCACUGCUCUGUGUGUCCUGCACCAGAUGGGUCAAAAGCAGAGGUUAAAUUUCCCUACCUGCAUGAGUGUGGCUUUGCAUGUCUGUGCAUGUGUUUGGGACAAAUAAAUGCAUCUUAAUCGUGAUCUUAAAUGUGUUGACAAUAGAGGGCGCUAUUUAUCUAAAUAGCACUGAGACGCGUCUGGUGUAAAUCAAUAGUUUCAGUACAGUACCUGCAGUUACAGUUUUGCAUUCACAAAUUUUCAGAUUAUCACAUAUAGAUCACACAUCAAAUAUCUGUAAUUUGCAGUUGAACACAACUGUCGUAACAAUGAAAAGCAAAUACGUCAAAUAGAGAACUGUACUCAGGUGUUGGUAUAUUACACCCAUUAGUCAAUUUUCCUGCGGCCCUGGAGGAAAAUGCAAUCAGUAACUCUAAUGGGAAUGAUACAAUAGUUCUUUAUUUAUAGUCAUACACUUUCAUUUCAGGUUUGACAUUACUAGUACUGCACACUGCUUAUCACAGAACAACACUUGCUGCCAUCCCUCAACAAUGCUAUAAGGAAUCCUACAGUACAUUUACAAUACUUCCAUUGGGUAUGCAUUCCUUGUUUUUUUACAAUGUACAGUUUUCUUGUCUUAAUGUUGCAUAGUUUGAUUUUCUUUAAUUAUCCUCUUAUUUACAUAAAACUGAUGGUAGAGGUGGAGGUAUUUCUUUUUUGUACAUGAGAAAAGGACAAGAAAGUAAAAAGUGGAGUACUCAGAGUAAACAUACUAAGUUCCAUUC